AAAAAAAAAAUUGACGUUCCUCUCUUCUACCCCCUGUGUAGUUGCUUUCUCCACCCUGCGAAUCCGAUUUGCCUCCUCCAUUGUUUGCCCUGCAGUCGACUAUGCGCUUGCUGCAGUUCCUUUUUUGAGCACACCUCGUGGGGGGAGAAGCGGGUGAGCGGUAAGCAGGUGGACGACAAGCAGGUGAACCGCAAUCAGGUGGACGUGGAUUUGCGGGGCGACUAUAACGGGGAAGUACCACCACACGGAGCGGUUGAGCAGACCGAAGCACACCCCCCACGGCAGAAAUGUCUGCAACGAAGUUACUCCUCCCCAUUUUACUCUUCCCACUUAUGCUACGUACGCUGUUAGUAACUAGCGAAAGCAAGCACUCGCAAAAUUGUUAUUCACUAAGUAGGAGCCCGCACAGCGCCACGCUGGAGACAAAGCGGAAGAGCAAUUCGCUCUACAGCAAGAAGAGGCUCGUCAGGUUGAGGCGGGGCAGGCAGGGUAGGCACGGUUUGCAGCGUGUUCCUCCUCCUCCUGCUGCUGCUACCGCUGCUCCUCCGCGUGCGUCUGCGUUCCUCGUUUUUGACAUAAUAAAGAUCUUCGGGCGGCUGUCCGACCAAGAACUCCUAGGCCACGUCAUUUCGCAUAACAACGACUUUAUAAAGCUCAGCCAGAAUGAAAAAAGAAAAAAAUGGGAGAAAUUGUUCCUUCCUAAUAAGGACGGCGUAAAUUUCGAAGCUUUUAAAAAUUUUUUGAGGCAGGCUCCGUUCGAGUGGCCCCUCACCAUCAACUCUGGGCAGAUAAAGAACCAGGGCUCGAUCAGCAUUCCGGUCUCCCCCAUCGUCUACGUCGAGAGCUGCCGCAAAAUUAGCGAGUUCCUCAAGGGCAAAAACAAAAACAAAGGCGCGAGCGCAGGCACCGCCACAGGGGCGAAGAUUAAUUUAAAAAUUAUAAACGACUACGUGAGCGAGCAACCCAUCUCGAACGAUGCAAUCCAGUGCGUCUUCUCCUCCUUCAGCGACCUGCCCGAGCUAACGAAGGACCAAUUUAUAAGCAAAAUUCACGAGUGGGCCCCGUCAGAUGGGAUUAUCGACUGGUACACCUUCGUCUACAACUUGAAGGAGGAGCCCUCGGACAACAUAAAAAGAUUUUUUGACUAA